AUGGAUUUGAAGAAUGACGGGGAUUUUACAAUGGAGGGCAGGCGAGGGAACGUGGGUCAACUUACCGACGGCGCUUUGAGCUGGCGUCCCCGCAGGAAAGUGCGCCUGAUCGCGGUGAAGGGGGAGAGAGUACUGGAGAAAUGGCAGAGUGUCGGAGGUCAAAAGAUUCUCCGGAUCGACCAGGCCACACACUUGCCGGCAGCGCUUGACAUGGGCAAGGUGAUGGGCGACGGACUGCUGGCCGAACUUGCCGUCCAACUGUUUGGCCGCUUAUUAUCUCCCGCAGUCACCCGGACAACCGAUCAUAUCGGGGGAGAGAGGGGGAAGGAACACCAAAACGUCCCAUACUCCAUCGCGUUCAGUGACUUAGAGUGGAGCUCCCGUACAGGACACCGCGAGGUGGAGGUGUCCGGUAGUGUUGACAUUAAGGGGAUGAAAAGAAUCAAGUUGUACAAUCGCGUUUCGCCGGUGCGUCGCGGCGUCCUUCACAUCAUUCGAUUGGCCCAACUUCGCACCGGAGCUCGUCGGCGAUGGCAGCCGGCACAGGGACGCUUCGGGGAUUCUCGUCCCUCGAUCGCGCCCUUCCAAUGUCCUACGUACCGUCCUGCUGGUCUGCCGCUGCCGCUGCCUUUUGCCUCGCUGUUCGGUGUUUGGACCUCGGUUCUCCUCGUCGUCGCUCGUUAUGUUUCGUCCUCGAACCGUUCGCCUUCUGGUGCUCGUCCUCACGCGGGAUUUGUACUUUGCGUUUCUUUUUGCACCCUGGGUCACCUGCGGUACACCCCCUUGCGACAAAAACACCCAACGGCUCCACAGAUUUAA